AUGCCGGUGUGUACAUCUUGUCAUCAAACUAAACCGGACGAAGCUUUUUUUCACAAGAACAAAAAAUGGAAAACAUGUCAACAUUGUAUCGAGCUACGAGCUCUCAAGAAACAAAGGACAAAAAGAAAACGUGAAGAAGAGAAUAGUAAUGCCGAAGAAGUACGAGUCUCUUUGAAAACUGUAGGCCUUAUGGAGUUGUCAGCCUUUGUUGCUUCUGAAAUUAGAGAUCUUAUUACAAAUGCAGCUACUGGCCCUGAUGGAAAUCCUUUAUGUCCAGCUUUAGGUUUAAGAGUUUCCAUAAACAUUUCUAAUAUGAUCACUGGCAGUGAACAACCUAAAGAUAUUGCACGUUGGAUAGUAGAAGAAAUAGAAAGAGCUGAUGAAUAUAAUUGGACUUAUAAUUGUAUGAAUACCUCAAUGCGACAUAAAGAUGUAGCCAAAUUUUAUUAUGUUUGUAGUCAAUCUAUUGUAGCAAUGAAAGAAUACAAAGAAGGAUCAAACAGAAAAAGAAUGGAAAGAUUUCCUUGUCAAGGAAAAAUGCAAAUGAAAAUCGAUAUACCAGCUGGUGAAGCCAUGCUAGAAAUUAAUCAUGGUCUACUUCAUAACAAACCUGCUAUUACUUCAGAUAUUAUCGAAGAGUGUAGAAAAGAAAUUGAAGAAAAUCCUCAUCUGAAUCCUAUCCAACUUCGCCAAUUCCUGAGAACAAAAAAUGUUAUUAAAAAUUAUACACCUAGACAAAUUCAUUCUUAUUGGGAGAGAAUUGCUUCAUUGAAAGCUCCUGAGCUUGUUGCUCAAUAUUCAGUAAUUUCGCCACCACCAGUUCAUUUCACGCCACAAUCAAUCACUGCCACUUCUUCUACUUCUGCCUCUACCAAUCCCACCAAUAACACUUCUGCGUUACCAAUCAUUGAUAAUUUCAUCGUUCCAACAAUUCCUACAUUUCAAAAUUUUGCUCAAUUAUCUGUAGUGAACAGAUUUAAUCAUAAUGAAUAUCUUGAAUAUGUUAAUAAGCUGGAACAAUUUUCAAAAAGAGUUAGAAAUCAAUUGGAUCGUGGAAAUUAUGUUUGGCUGGAUACCGUCAAGAUUAUGACAGCUGGAAUCAUUGAAAUGGAAAAUGAUAUAGAAGAAUUAGAGAGACGAAGAGCCAAUGAAAGAGCUAGCAAGCCAUGGACAUUACAUUAUAAAUAG